UGUCCCCUGGUGGGUGAAGUGAGGUCUUUUGUAACCGCCUCUGUCUUUGGGAAAAAAAGAGGCGAAGGAGACGGAGCGGAGGAGCCGCGCGAGGAGGGAGAAGCCAGCCAGGGCGGCGGGGCUGCGCUUCGCCGGAGAGCGCGCCGCGGCUGAAGCCCAGCGAGGCGCUCCUUGUCGCUCUCCGUUCCCGGCUUCCCCGCUCUCGGCUCCCGGUGGCCGCGGCUUCUCUGCCCGGCUCGGAGGAGCGCGCGGGCUGCUGGCGGACGGAGAACCAGGCAGCGCCGGGGGACCUGCCGGGGAUUUACCCACCGAGACCCGCACGCACACCGAGGAGGAGGAGAGAGGCGCCUCGGGGAAGGCGAUGAGCCCCGCGAGCCCCCGCUGAAGCACCCCAAUGCAGCGGCUGCGCCCAGGCAGGCAGAGGAGACAUGGGGAAACUUCACUCCAAGCACGCCGCUGUGUGUAAGCCGAGGGAAAGUCCAGAAGGCGACAGCUUUGCUGUGAAUGCUUCACUGGCUCGGAAAGGGCUGGAGGACUGGAUGGUGAAGCAGAAAUAUUCCGGCAGCAUCAGCAGCGGAGGAGGCAGUAGCUUAGGACUCCAACAGGGCUGCCAGCGCCGAGCUCUGUGCAGGCUCUCCGGCUCCAGGGAUCCAACUCUCGAAGGUUACAGGGAGUCACUCGAAAAUGAACACUUUCAUCUGGAAGUGGCUUUGCCCCCAGAAAAGACAGAUGGAGUCUGCUGCAGCGAUGAAAAGAAAGUGGAAAAGGAGAGUGAUGCACGUACAAGCUCCAAGAAACAACUGAAAUUUGAGGAAUUGCAAUGUGAUGUAUCCGUUGAGGAGGACAACAGACAAGAAUGGACCUUCACGCUUUAUGACUUUGACAACAAUGGCCGUGUCACUCGGGAGGACAUCACCAGUUUGCUUCACACUAUCUAUGAGGUAGUUGAUGCUUCGGUCAACCACUCGCCUAGUUCCAGUAAAACCUUGCGGGUGAAGCUCACUGUGGCUCCGGAUGGGAGUCAGAAGAAGAAAAGUAUUUUGCUGAAUCAUGCUGAUCUUCAAAGCUCAAGGCACCGAACAGAGAGCAAGGUCAACGAAGAACUGAGGAGUUGUGAAAAGAAGCAGCGGGGUUCCCUCAGGUACCACUAUGGUGACACCAAGCCUGAACAGAAUGGAUGCUAUCGUCAUUGCGUUGAUGAAAAUAUUGAAAGGAGAAACCACUAUUUGGAUCUUGCAGGAAUAGAAAAUUAUACAUCAAAAUUUGGGCCCGGAUCUCCACCAGCUGCUCAAAAACAUGACCCACCCAUCCGAGUUGCCAAUCAGACGAGAUCGCGUUCCCAUGAGCCGGAGAUCUUCCAUCAUCAUCAGAGGAAAUCGCCAGCUGUGGAUCUGGGCCAUGUCAACUUGAUGGAAGCGUCCUAUGCAAAACUUGCCGAAAUACAGCAGAGGCUGCGGAGUCAAGAGGGGAACAGGCAUUUUGUCAAGUCUCCCAAGGCGCAAAGCAAAAACCCAGCUUCCGUGAACCCAGGAAGGGCUGUAAGGAGUAAGCCUGUUCAGGGGGCAUCUAUACCAGCGGCUUCCCCUACCGCCCGGGUAGGUCAAAAUCUUCCAUAUCUCCCCAUGCAGUCCCAGCAGACUUAUAAGAAACACAAGCAGCGGGGGAAAGAGACUCACCAAGUGUGCAAAACCUUCCAGGCUCCGGGGACAGUUUUGGAGAAAGAACACGUGAGAGACCUGCCUGCCGUCAUUUUGUAUGAAGGCCAAGUUGGGCAAAUGAUACAGAGACAUGAGCACCACCACCAUCAUGAACAUCACCACCACUAUCACCACUUCUACCAGACAUGAAAUGGACCUUCUUGUUCGUUCGGGAUGAUCCCAAAUGAAGGAAGCCCUUUGCCGCAAUUCCGGACAAAAGGCAUUGUUCUGAUUAGACGCUCUCGCUACUCCAUUAAUAUUCCGCUCGCACCUCUUUUUAUGAGUUCUAUGAAAACACUACACAAAGCAAGACACCUGACACUAUUUAUAUUACCCGAAACUGUAUAGCUUGCUUUUAAUGAUGUGGAUUUUUGGAUUUUUAAUUUGGCUUGUGCAAAGAAUGCGCACGCGCACCCACAAAAGCAAACGGCCAUAGCGAUUAUUAUGAGCUGUGUUUGAAUGCAGGUCAUCAAUGCACUUCUAACCGGUAUCCUUCCUCCAUGGUACUGGAAGAUAUGCUGUAGACAAUACGGUUAAGACAUUCAGCUGGUCCCAUGCAAUGGCUCAUUGCACAUAAGCCUAUCAUCAGGGGAGCAACAGUGGAAGGUUCUGGACUCCGGGAGUACAAACAGCUGCUACCUCUAGUAUAAUUCAGAACUUCUUAUUGAUUGUAUUGUGCUACAGGGGGGCGUGUGUGUGUGUUGUUGUUUUUUUAACUCGACUGCAUUCAUGUAGCCUGUUUUAUGUUGUACUUUUCACUUCCUUACAAGCUAUAUCUUAAUAUUAAUAAUGAGGAAAUAUUAACUAUAUUUGUCAACAGAGCUACAUUUUUCAGCUGAUUUCUCCCUCUCCACUUUUUUGGACAGAUACAUUUACAGUCUGCUCUCUAUAUUGGGGAAAUGUUGACUUUCUUGUUCUUGUUGGCUGUUAACUUGUUGGGAAACCAUUGUAUGGAACGGGCACCGGCACCACCAGGAUAGGAGCGCUGCCGAUGACCUGGUGGGCUCUACCAUCAGAAGAGUGAGGUCAGGCCCAGAGAAGGGGUGGGUAUGCUAUACCCACAUACUUCUGUUCCCCACUCCCAACGAUCGCUCAGUUCCCUCUCUGCCCUUUUCUCAGAGCUGUUCCCCAGGGUUCCAAAACUGGCUUCUAUAACCUUCAUUGAUUGGCUGCUUCUUCCCCCCAGUAUUGCCCUGUGGUGACAUCAUCAGCUAGCUGCUUGUUUACUUCAGCUAACCUGCAGCUAGCCUCCCCGGGGUCCUACUGUCCACCUCUCACAUGAGGGAUGGCUGGCGCCCUUCUUGGAGGUUGCUGAGGGUGCCACCUUGCCAUACCACCUUGCCCAGAAACACACAGAUGUAUACAUUUUUAUAGGAACCUAGGAAGCUGCCAUAUUGACCAUUGGUCUAUCUAGCUCAGUAUUGUCUACCCAGACUGGCAGUGGCUUCUCCAAGGUUGCAGGCAGGAAUCUCUCUCAGCCCUAUCUUGGAGAAGCCAGGGCGGGAACUUGGAGUCUAGAUGUUCUUCCCAGAGCGGCUCCAUCCCCUAAGGGGAAUAUCUAGUUUCAAAUGCAACCAGGGUGGACCCUGCUUAGCUAAGGGGACAAGUCAUGGUUGCUACCACAAGACCAGCUCACCUCUUCCUCUUACAACACAGGAAGCUGCCUUAUACAGAAUUCGGCAAUUGGUUCAUCGAGCUCAGAAUUGUCUACACUGACUUAAGAGAACACCCUGCUGGAUCAGGCCCAAAGCCCAGCUAGUCCAGCAUCCUGCUUCAUGCAGUGGCCAACCAGAUGCAUCUGGGAAUCCUGCAAGUUGGGGAAAGAGGACAACCAUCAGGAUUGGCUUCAGCAAUCUUAAGCUUUCAGGCAGGAGUCUCUCCCAGCUCUACCUAGAGAUGUUGGCAUUUAGACCUGGGACCUUCUGCAUGCAAAGCAGAUGUCCCACCCCGAGCUACGACCCCAUCUCCAGAGGUGGUAUACAUGGGUCUCCCAUCCAGGCCCUGACCACACCAAUUGCUGCUUAGCUUCAACAAGUUGGCUGUAUCGUGUGCUCUUAGACUCUGCUCUGGGGUCCAUCAUUGUUUGCUGGGCCAUAGUUAACCUUCACUGUUCAAAUUUUGCUUUUUAUUGUAACUUUUUUUAAAAAAUCUUAUUUACUCCCACUGGUUGUGGGGUAUUUUUCCCCCCUUGUUCACUUUGAGAGAGAGAGAGAGAGAGAGAGAGAGAGAGAGAGAGAGAGAGUGUUGUGGGAAGAAUAUGCUUUCUCUUUUUUGUUUUUGUUUUAAAUGUUGGCAAAUAUAUAUAUAUAUAAAAUAUAAAGAUAUAUAAAGAUAUAUAUAUAUAUAUUAAAAAUCUAUAUAAAUAUAUGAAUAUACACACUCAGGUACAUUUUCUUGUGUUUUAUAGAAAUCUGUGGGUUUUUUCUUUAAAUAUUAACAUUUUAAUCUUAAAGCAAUGACUCUUUAGGUGUGCUACCAGAAACCUCUCUGUGUGCCCCUUUCUUCCCUUUCCUCCUGGGUGCCUCUGGUUUUUGGUUCCCCAGCAUCUACUGCCUCUACCUACCUGCUUUGUGAAAAGAUUUCCAGCUUUACUGGUGUCUUCUGCUGUUCCCUCACCACCCACCAUUGAUAUCAAAGAGUUUCCCACUCCAUAAAGCCGUCCAACUCAAGAUCUAAAGCUACUUCAUAGCUGUCAAAGGCAACUCUGGAAAAAAUGUGACCCAAAAGAUGGCCAUCUAAAUUUUAUCAGCAUCUUGAGGAAUCCAGAUCAGAUAUGGCUGAGUCCAACCAUUGGUCCAUCUAGCUCAGUAUUGUCUAUACCAGGCUGCACAACUUUGGCCCUCCUGCAGAUGUUGGACUACAACUCCCACCAUGCCCGAAUAUUUGCCAUUGUGGCUGGGGAUUAUGGGGAUUGUAGUAGCUGAGAGAACAUUAGGCUGGUUCUCACGAUCCUAAACAGAGGUGGAGGAGACCUCGGCAGUUGGAGGAGCCCUCUAACGGAGAUUCCCAGAUGUUGUUGACUACAACUCUCAGAAUCCACAAGCAAAAGCCAUUGCAGCUGGGGAUUCUGGCAGUUGUAGUCCACAACAUCUGGGCAUCCCCGUUAGAGGGAUCACUGGCCCCCAGCCAGGGUAGGAGAACUAGGCAUGUUCCCGAUUGGUGGUAGUGGGUUUGCCAAGAUCAAGAUGGGAGUAAGAGAGGGUUAUCGUUUGGGAGCUGGGUUAGACCGCUUCUUGUCCACCAUCAAUAAAAUGCUGGGGAUGGAAUGCAGGUUGAAGGGGCCUGCCUCCCACACAAUCACUUCCCCCUCCUCCUACCUUGAUCUUGUAUACACGUGACUGCCAAUCAGAAGCCUGCACAUUUCUCUUACCUUGGCUGGGCACUCCUGCCACCCUGUUUAGAAUUGUGAGAGCCAGAUUAUUCUCGUCCCCAGGAUAGCCCUUGGUGCUCUGGCCUUUCUGCACAGUAGCUGCUGUCUGCUGCACAAAUGGAGACAGAAACCAAAGGGCUCUUUCCCUGCUCCUCCCCAGUGCGAGCAGCAGCAGAGACGUUGGCAGAGCCCUUUGCCGUAGUCCCAUGCAUGCACAAAGGCCCUAGAUCUUGGGAAGGGGGCUGCAUGGUGAGGGGCUGGCUUUACCAAACCCUUUAUUGGUGUUUUGCAUUGGGCAGGAAGCAGUUCAGGAGCUUCAGUUUCGGACUCUGGCAGGAGUGGCCCAGUCGGCAAAGAACUUGUCAGAACUUCUUUGCCCCAUUAAAAAUUAUUUCCCACUUGCCAAGAGUGGCAACUAACACACACAUUGUUUUAGAAACGGUGCUAUAAUGGAGUGAGGAAAUCUAUUAAAAGAGGCUGGAAGAUGUGGGAAGAGGCAACAUAUUUUAGGAUGUGUGAUUUCUGCAGAGGCUAUCAGGAGGAAGAUUGUGGCAUGGGGUGGGUGGGGGGAGAUCUUGUGCCCCCCCCCCCCGCUCUGGCUACUGUCCUGGCAUUUUACACUCUGCAAGCAAGGAAACCAGAGUUCCUUUUCUUGCUUUGGGAGCUGAGAAGGAAGUGUUUAAAAACACAUCUGAUUUUGCUUUUAGCUUCUUUUAAGUAUUUGUGAUUUUUUUUGUUGUUUACAAUAUUGUGAAAUGUUCUUUAUACUACAUUUUUAUGCCUUUUAUGGGAUAUUUCUUUUCCAGCUUAAACUCUGAUCAGUUCAAGAUGGGAGGUUCUCUUUUAGAAGAGAGUAUGAUGCCCACAGAGCGGCGUUAAAACGUAUGAAGCCAAUACCAUUAAAGUCUGGUCUCCUUGUGGAUUGAGACUGGGAUUGACACUCGCUAUUAAUUAGUUCUCCAGUUCACGUCUCAAAAAACAAAAAUAGCAGUGGUUUACUUUUUCUGUUCCUUUAAACACAAAACAAAACCAGAUUUAUUUGAGUGUAUUUGAGUGUAUUUUUCUCCCGUCAACAUUCUGUCCUUGUUACAUCUGGUGAGAUAUUUUAAACUGUGUUUGAUAUGUGUGACAACUAGCCCCUUUGGUUUAUUCUUCCAAUUUCUGAAGCUCAGAACUAUUUAUAGGCUGAAUUUUCUGUAUAGAAAAUUGCAGAGCAGGAAGAGGAAGGUUAGAAAUGUCUUUACUUACCACUGAGUUCUCGUCUACAUCUGUUUUGCUGCUUGUGAUAUCAGCCCCUUAAUUUUCCUCCGAUGUAUAUAUAAUUAUGGACUGCAAAAAAAAAAAGGCAUUUUACAUGUCUUGUAGAAGGGAUAAGCUUAUUUAUAUGAUAGUGUUAAACGAAGUCUGAUGUAUUCAAGUGAUUUUGUUAUACUGCAUGCUAUCCCAUGAGUGUAACACAUUCCAUUGGAAAAGUGAUGCCAUGUCAUUGGGUACCUGAGAAAGUGAUGUUAUUUUUUACUAAGCAUUUUCCGUGAACCAUUUGGCAACUAGAGCAAAGCAAAGAAAACCCGAUUUCUUUAUGACCUGAGAGGAGGUAGGGGUGGUGAAAUGUUCAAAUGCUUAGUAAUGGUGCAGAUUAUCAGUGGGUUGCGGGGUCUGCCCAACAUUGGCCCCAAUACCUUCUUUGCCACCACUAGAGCAAUCCAUUUUAUUCCAUAGAAUCUUGGAAGUGUUGGCUACUAGAUUCUUGGGUUUGUCUAAAUGUGUGUGGUGUGUCUUUGGGUGGUGUUACUCUAACCCUCUUGAAGAUGUUUUGUUUACAUAUGCAGCUUAAGAGGGUAGUUUGAGGGAUGGAUGUGUGUGGUAAGGAUAAAAGAUAGUUCCGUGCGUAGAAAAUAAAAAUUGUCUUGUAAAAUGCCUCUUUUAAGGCUGGUUUAAUGAAGGUGCAAAAUGGCAGGGAUGUGAUAAGUGAAUGGUUGAGCUUGUUCCUGACCAAAUGUAGCCAACACACACAAUAGCCUAGUUUUCAGUGAGGUGGUAAGCCUGUGCUUGGACUGUCCAACUUCAGAAGGCAGCUGACAAGACUGAGUGCCAUUCAAGAAAUUCCCUCAACUUAAAAGGCAAGCAUGCCAGGUACAACCCUUCUCUUUGACAUACGAGGUUUUUUGGGUUUGUUUUUAAUGUGGAGGUAGUUUUUUGUAUGAAAGAGGCCCUCCAUCAAGUGUGCUCUUAUCUGCAGAGUGAAGUGGUACACUCCAAGCACAGGUUUACCACCCAAGUGAGAACUAGGCCUGUCUUCCUUUGGAUCAAUUGAUUUCCCGGGUCACAGAACUGAAUGCACAAGCUUCCUUUUCUGGGCCAUCCUAGUACUGACAUUGUUCACAAAAGUUUUCCAGUCGCACUGAAACCUUAAGGGUACUCGGUCAGAAAAGAGAACUGCAGAAAUGCUCCUAGCUAUAGGGGAGGGAUGGGAAGUUCAUCUUUAUUGCAACCCGUGGAAGUUUUGUCAUGUGACCUCUAUAGAGCUAUGCUUUCAAAGCAUAUAAAGUGAAUAUUGAAGUAAAAAUUGGUGGGAGUUGGGGACGGGGUUGGGGUGGAGUUUGGUUGAGCAUUUUAUUUUGUCCACUUUACCUCUCACUUAGAGUUUGUGAAAUGCAAAUGAAUUUUAGUCACAUGGCAUCCCUGUGCUUAAAAGAAUGGAUUUUACACCAGUUAUGUAGAAACAUAACAGUAUUUAAAUACUGUCUUGCAUUUGUAUUAUGUGCAUUAAGUGUGAAUAAUGGAUCAUGUCAUGUAGCACAGUUUAUGUUCUGGGUUAUUUUUUUGUUCACAAAACCAUAAAGUCUCCAUACCAUUUUUUAAAAAGUUUGCUUUUCAGUAUUUUGUAUAGUAAAUAUAGAUGGUUUUGACUAAAUGCUUUAUUUAUUUAAUAGCAAAACUGUGCCAAGAGAAACCCCUGUUAAUUAAAAAAAAUUACUAGUUCAGA